UCGGCUUCUUCCCAACCCACAUCGAAUCCAUUUUCAAGUCCAUUUUCGGUGCUGGUGUUUCGUUUUUGGCACCGCUGAGCGGGUUGUACGUGAGUACCCUCAAGUGAGGAAGGUAAAAGGUGGCCGAGUGAGUUUCAGAAAGGCUAAGGGAAAAAAAGGGUUUACAGAAGAUUAGAGAGGGAAGAAGGUUGAUUGGUCGAUGGAGGUGGAGCAAGCUAAGCCAAAGCCAACGCCGAAACGGUUUGUGAAGAACCAAAUCCCCGAUUCCAUCCUCAAUGACGCGGCACUCAACGCCGCAAUCUUCGUUCUCCCUCACAACUACAACUUCGAGGUCCACAAAUGUGUUUGGCGUGUUCUUUCCACCAGCGCCAAGCGCGUUGUCCUUCAGUUCCCCGAGGGCCUCCUCAUAUACUCCCUCCCUCUCUCCAACAUCCUCACUGCCUUCGCCGCCGGCGACCGCUGCUACGUUCUCGGUGACGUCACCUACGGUGCUUGUUGUGUCGACGACUUCUCCGCCGCUGCGCUUUCUGCCGACCUCCUCAUCCACUACGGCCACAGCUGCCUUGUCCCCAUCGAUUCCACCACCAUCCCCUGUCUAUACGUCUUCGUCGACAUCAAAAUCGACGUUUCCCAUUUGGUUGAUACCUUUAAAUUGAACCUCGAAUCUCGCGCCAAGAACCUUGUAUUAGCCGGUACUAUUCAGUUUGCAUCUGCAAUUAGGGCUGCGAAGCCGGAAUUGGAGAAAUCAGGGUUUAGUGUUUUGGUACCGCAGUCCAAGCCUCUUUCAGCCGGUGAGGUUCUUGGCUGCACUGCUCCCAAGGUUUCAUUAAUGGAUUCGUUUAGUGAGAAUCAUGAGAAUAGCGUUUUGGUAUUUGUAGCUGAUGGAAGGUUUCAUCUUGAGAAGGUUGUGAAGAUGUUGGUCUGUGGAGAAGAUGAAAAUGGAAAUGGAAAGAGCGAUUUUGGUGGUGAAUAUCCAAUGGACUAUUAUUCUCAAGAUGGUGGGGAGUGGAAUUCCUCUUAUGUGAAGAAGUCCUCUCGUCCUAUAAGGAGAAUUUCUGUAUCUUCGGUUGCUACUAGUGCCAUUUCUCAGCAAUCUUAA